UUAUUUGGAGACUAUUUUAGUUGUAUCUUUGAUUUGUUAUAAUUUAAAGAAUCCUUCUGUAUUUCUAAGUGCUACAACUCAUAAAUCAACUUUCACUCUCUCAAUUUAAUCAGCUAUCUACUUAUCCAUACAAUGUUAUAAACCUAAUCUGAUCACAAAAUUGUUUAACUUGUUCUCAACAUAUAGAAAUUGAGGAUUAAGGUAAUAUCUUGCAGCAUGCAAAUAAUGAUGAAGUUGAAGCUCCUACUUUUCAUCAAUGUUUUCUCAAAUAUGCUUAUAGCUGAACUCAUCUCCCCUAAAUUAUGAUCUACCAACUACUUAGUCUCAUCCUUUGCAUUAUAAAUGAAGCAUUUUGCAGGCUUUUUAUCUGCUUCAAGCAUCUUUAAGACUAGAACUAAUAGCUUUGUUGUUGUUUUUUCAUAACUAACAUUUAACCAAAACCUUUCAUUAAAAAUAAUAUUUUUUAACUUCUCUUCAAAUUUAUUUGCCCAAGCAUAACUAAGUUGUCAUGCGAAAGUGAACAUAGCUUUCUAAAGUUUGCUUUGCUUCUAGUAUGUUUUAUAGCGUCAAAUAAGCUGUAAUAAAUCUAAUUGUAGUCGGCCAUUGGAGUUUUUUUUAGAAAAUUUUCUCAUUGAAGACAAAACCUAUGAAUGAUUGUUGACGAGCUUGCUAAUCUUCUUUAUUUUGCUUAGAUUUCCCCGGUAGUCAUAGGCAUCCCAUGGACAUGUGAACCCUUUCUUAACCACAAUUAAGAUAAGUUGAACGAAUUAUGGAUCAAAUUAUUUUCAUAAGACGUCAUUUCUCUUGGGACGCAUUAAAUCAGGAGAACUUUUCAGCCGCAAAAAAUCAUGUCAAUGCAUGCUAUCAAGAAAAAAAAUGCAUUUUUCACUUUAUCUGAUAUGUAACAUGCUUAGGCAAAGCAAUAAAUAUAAUGCUUUGUAAUUUAUUUGUGUUUGAUGGGCCUGUCAUCAUACGAUUCAAUAGCAUGAAUAUUUUAGUAAUAUGUAUGUUAUCUCUGGUACUGUUCAGCUGAGAUACAAACUAGUUUCAUUUAGGAAAAGCCGUUUUCACUGCUAACUUUGCACGCUGGAAGGCUCAAAUAUGAUAUAUUUGAGGAAAUAGGAGUUCCUACCGCAUAGGUAUUACUUCAAUAUGCUUGAACUACUUUAUUCUAUAUCAUAUGUUCAACUAAAGCUUGUUAUUUCCACAGGUCUCCAUCAUUUCUAUGCAUCCUACCACUUCUAUAACGUCUACUUGUGUGUCUUUGGUGUUCUUCCUAAACCAAGAAAUGCAUGCAUAAGCCCACCAGCGCUCAGUUUGUUGAGAUCAUCUUUGAUAGAGUUGGUCCUCCAGCAAAUUAAUCUAACUUUGACUCCAUCUAUUUUUGGAGAAACAUUGUGUUUUGAGGUUUUGAAGUUUCCUGGGGGGAUCACUGUCAUUCCUCUUCAAACAUCUUCUAUAUGGGAGAGGACGAAGGCUCUUUUCAACUUCACAGUAAGCAACUCCAUUAAUCAUAUCCAGGACAAUAUGAAAAAACUGAAGGAUCAGCUGAAAGUAGGCGGAAUUGUAUAUGUGCAGAUGACAAAUGUCAAUGGUUCUGCUAUAGCGCCUCCUGUUACGCUGCAAGCUUCCAUUUUGUCUGAUAACGAGAGCGGUACUCUGUUACCUAACAGAUUGAAACAACUAGCUGUUACGGGCUCACAUGCUCAAAAUCUUGGUCUUAAUCAUUCUGUUUAUGGUGAAGUUAAGUCUAUAGUUUUGACUUCAUACCUUAAAAAUUCAGUUUCAUCUUUACAGGCUUCAAGCCCUUCUCCAUAUCCAUCACCAUCUCCUUCUCCUUCUCCUCCUAUUGCAACACCAUACUCUUCUCCAUUUGAAGAAUGCUCUUUAUCAUACCGGGUCUCUUUCCCCUUGUUAUGCUCCUAUAGAUCAAGAUGAUUUACACCCACCUUGUCUCUUUUGUGAAAAUUUGUCUCGAACAUUGUCACAUGACUCUGACUAUAGAAUUGGCUCCCCACCAGGUUACUCUUCAAAUUUAGUUGCAACCAAUCAACCCCUGCAUAAGGGUUACAAAUCACCUAAACUGCCCAAACAAAGUGCACAUGCAGUAUUUUUUAAUUCCACUUUGCCGGUGCAAGACAAAGAAAUCAUUCAGGCUUCAUCAACGUUGUCUGGCUCAUUUCCAGUCUCAUCAUCUUCUUAAUGUCAACACCAGUUAGUAUGGAAGGGGAUAAUAUUGAGCCUGCAAAUAUUGAGAUUGUAAGGCAUGAUGACCACCUGCACUCUUAUGUUGGUAGUCAACCUAUGAAUGAGAAUAAUACACAUAAUGAUAACAAUGAGAUUGACGAAGAGGUUGAAAAGUGGACUAAUGAAAAUCAAGUGGAUGAUAUUGAAGAAGUUGAUGAUGUUAUAGGAAGAAAUAAAAGAAAAAAAAGAUCUAAAGUUUGGGAUGAGUUCAAAGAAGUUAUUCUUCCUACUGGGCAAAAAAAAGGAGAAUGUGUGCAUUGUAAGAAACAAUUACUUAUUGGAGUGAAGGGCAGAAGUUUGAUGUGAUAGCAUGGUGGAAAAACAAUCAAGCCAAAUACCGCAUACUUUCAAGAAUGGCAGUGGAUAUUUUAUCCAUCCCUGUUAGUACAGUUGCUUCGGAGUCCACUUUCAGUGCUGGAGAAAGAGUAGUUGAUACAUAUCGAUCAAAAUUAGGGGUUGAGACUGUGCAAGCUCUCCUUUGUGGCUCCAAUUGGGUUCGCUGCCACUAUGGCUUGAAGGGAAGGGUUAAGGAGGAGGAAGAGGAUGAAGAGGUGGAGAUUGUCCUACCGAUUACUUGAGAAAAUUGGAGAUGUAAAUUUAAUUAGUGGAAGCAUGUCUGGAGUCCAGAAGAAAGGAAAUCAAUUUCUUCGGAGAAUGAAAAGUUGCAAACUGUUCAAAUGAAGAGCAAGAAGAAAAAGUUUGGUCAGAUAACGAGAACAAGACAAUUUUAAUGUAAUAAUGUUGUGCUAGGAUCGAGCUUAACGGAUUGUAUAAUUCUAAUUACUUUUUUGUAAUGAUGUGAUGAUAUUGAAUUUGGUCUAACUUUGAGAUGAAUGUUCUUUUUCAUA